AUUUUUUGUUUUGUGCUAAUAAAUAUACCUAGAAACUUUUAAUUUUUAAUCAAAUACAGUUAACUAUAAUAAUUAGGAACAUCAUGUUAAACAGUUCAAGUAAAGCUAUUUGUAGCCGAGGAUUUAUACCAAAUAUCAUCAGUGUUCGAUACAGAAGAGUCAACGUACAGAAACCCAGAAAACCAGAUCACUACCGUGCAGUCAUUGAAACAAUAUCAAUUCCUAAAUAUCCAUGGCCAAAACCAUCAGAUAUGCCAUGGAGUGAAAGAUGCCCUAAACCAUUCAGUAAAGCAUUUAAACAAAUCGAAAAUAAUCCAUAUGAAAAUAUUUUAGCUAAAGAACUUAGAGAAUUAUUUGAACAGAGUGCAAUGGUUGCAAUAUUUCAUAAAAAUCCAGUUAAAGGAGAAAUUGACUUCAAAACUAAAAAAACUUUUAAAAUGGCUGGUAUGGAACACGUUGUGUAUGGUAAAAGCACUUUAAAUCUAGCCUUAGCAGACACAAAUUAUGCUGCAGUGUUAGAUUUAUUUCAAUCACACAGUUCAAUAGUAUUCAGUAGCACAUCACAGGUACCUAAAUUAUUAAAAAUUACGAAAAAGAUGCCUCAUUUAAUUUUAUUAGCAACCAUAAUUGAUGGAAAAUUGUUAAGCAAAAACCAAACUAUAGAAUAUGGAAACCUGGUAAAUAUUGAUAACGCCAGAGCAGCACUGAUUGGUGUAAUACAACAAGUAAACAAUAGGUGCUUGCAGACUAUAGGACAAACACAGUUGACAAUGGUUCGAUAUUUGGAACAAUAUGGAAAGUCAUUAGAUAUUAAUACAGAAAAAAAGUCCACAGAAGAAUCAGACUAACUUUAAAUGUCAAAAUAAACUUUAUAAGAAGCAUUUUGUUGUUUAUACUAUAACAUAAAUUUUAUGAACAAUU